UGGUGGGUGAUUGGUGGCGGCAGUGGUGGGUGACGCCAGUGGGUGUGGGAUGUACCGCAGCGUCAAAGUGCGUGCUCGGACAAAGCCGAACGCUUAGACUCUAUUAUCUAUCCGGCAAGUGCUGACGCGUUUUCAAUCUCUGAACAGAGCUCAGUGCAAUAGUGCCAAAUCCGAAAUGUGUUACGUUAUCAUAACAAGCGCCAGCCUGGUAUGGUUCCUCUGCUCCCUUCUGGCGGACAUGCUCUUUGCGGUGGCUCUGGUCACGCCCAAAUGGCUAGUUGGCCCCACCCCUGUGGGUCAGCUUUCCUCAAAGUCCUCCUCGGUUGGGAUCUACACCCGGUGCAAGGUGAUGUUGGAGCGGGGCUACCACUGUGGUCGCUUCGAUCUGGACGGCCUGUUCACGGACAGUAGUGUCUACCCCGGAGAAUGGAAGGCAGCUAUGUUCUUUGCCUCGCUGGGAUUCGCCCUGUUGUCGGUCACGGUCAUACUUACUCUGCUUACCUGUUGUCGCCAAGCAGCCUGCGGCAAGAGCAUCCACAACUUGACGGCCUGUGCCCAGGUGGUGGCAGGAAUAAGCGUGAUGCUGGCACUCUUCCUGCAUCCCCUUGGCUGGCGAGCGGAAAGGGUCCAGCGUCUCUGCGGCCAGGAGGCCGAACCUUUUUACCCAGCCGACUGCAGCAUAGGUAUUUCGUUCUACUGCGGCGUUAUCGGUGUACUUCUCACAUUCAUCGCCGCCGGAAUAAGCCUGAAAGCGGAAUCUUCCAACAUGCGAUCACGUGUCCGCCGGCGCGUCGAAGCGGGUAGCAAGCUGGUCUGCAUUCCAUAGAUCCCACCCAGGAUUCCAUUAACUGAUCUUGCUUAGAGCGAGCAUACUUAACUUCAUUUUCGAAUUAACUUUAACAUUAGCAUAAAUAAAAUUCUAACAAGUCACGAUCUAA